AUUAUUGAUAAAAAAAAAAUUGUAACUUGUUAGGUUACUAAUGAUUACUAUACAACGUUAACGAUAUUCUAUACCCAGCGUAAAACUGCGAUCAGUAACAAAAUAUCAGAAAUGCAUAAUAUUUCAUUGCUAUCGAAUAUCAACGUCCGCGAUUAACAACGAUUAUUCCGUACCGCUCCCGAACAUUGUAUUGUCGACGAUCGCGUCCGUUUCGUUAUAGACUCAUUUUUUAAAUAUAUUUUUGUUAAAAGACGAGUUGAAACUCGUCGACGGCCAUUCUUCUGCAGUCUGCACACACGGAUGAAGAGAGUUGAUAAAGAUAUUUAUUAUACAAUUAUCGCAAAAAACAAUCAAUAUCUACAUAAUAUGUUGAUGUGAUGGAAACUGAAACAAUAGUUAUGAGUAGUAGAAGACGAAUGGUGCUUAAACCACUUUCUGCUCCAGGAGCAACUUUACAAUGUAAAGAAAAGAAUUCCUCCAAUGAUACAAAUGAACAUGUUAUGAUUCAACCACCCGCCGCACUCAUUUCUCCAAAAAAUGACAGAAAAAAAAUUUUGUUUCAAGACACAAUUGUUCCUGAAAUAAUACCUACAGUACAGCGUAGUAAGGUCUUAUUAUCAUGCACAAUUAACAGUGAUUUAUUAGAUUCUGAUGAUUCUGAUUCUGACAAUUCUACAAUAAACGAUGAGCCUUCCAAUAAAUCACCAAAGAGCAAUAGAAAACUAUAUUAUUUUAUCAUUAUGUUUUUAUGUUGGGCUGCAAUUCAAUACUGGAUGAUUGCUGUAGUUGGUUUUGGAGCAGUAUUUUUUGCUAUCUCUGCUCUUAUUGCUAUGUAUUAUAACACUUCAAACUCAGAAAAAAAACACAAUGCUUUAAGUGCAUACUCUGUGUUUAAUCCUCAAUGUACACCUAUUCAGGGAUCUGUAGAUCCAAAACAAUUGGAACGUGAGCUGCUAUUUGGUUAAUUAUGAUGUUAAAUCAAUAAAUAUAAAAUUAUACUUCUUUCAAUUAUAUAUGGUGUCUAACUUGUUACUAUAGAAUAUAUGUUUAUUUGAAUAUUUAU